AUGUCAGUCGUAUCGCCUGUUAAACUGACAUCAAGACUAGAUCAAAAAAUGGCUGACGGUGUUGUUAGUGGUGAACUAACUAGGUUGAAAGCACAACAAAAAUUAGCAUUUCGCACAUGUAAUAACGUGUUGGUGAUCUGCACUGCAUUUUUUCUUUUAUUUACUGCUUUCCAACGUAUUGGAAAUCUUCAAAGUUCACUGAAUAUAGAUGCCAAUAUUAGUGUUAACUCAUUAUCAAUUAUAUUUGCAUGUCUUAUCAUUUCGUCUAUCUUUUUACCUCAUCCAUUGAUAGCUGUGUUUGGUCUAAAAUGGACUCUAGCUAUUUUUCAAGUACCGUAA